CAAAUAUUCAUUAACAAGCACCGUUCUCGGGGAUCCUUUAUUCUCACACGCCUCGGGCCUCGCCUCUCUGCUUCAGAAUCCUCUUUGACAUCUGCAGGGCAUCAAUGCAUCACGGUGCGGAGUUUUGUAGCCUCAUUGCAGCGUGGGAGCGCGGUGUGUUCUGGUACGUCUUUUCAAACACAGACCUAUCCUCAUCGUUGCACCGUGCAUGAUUACCCCAACCGUCUGCAUACCAAACGCCUUUAGAAUAAGCAACGCACUGAAGUAGCCUGGCUCACUCUGUACUUGUACACAGAGCGUGGCUCUUCGUAAAAUAUACAGCCAAUGUCUCGCCGACGCUUACAGGCACAUACCUCCAAGCCGAGUCAAUCAUCUAAAAUAUGGAAGAUGGUAGCGCCCCAGCUCGCUCCUGAGCUCAUCGACGAGAUCAUUGAUCAUCUACAUGAUGACAUGCCGUCUCUCUCGUCGUGCUCCCGCGUUUGCAAGACUUGGACCCCGGCGGCCCAAUUCCAUCUGUUUCAUUCCAUAGUAGCGCAUGCCGUUCCACCACUCGACAAGGAAACUUACGAUGGGGCAAUUUUUACACGCUUCUCUGAUUUUGUCAAUGCGAAAGAAGCUGAGAAACUCCUACCAUAUGUUCGAGAGCUCCGAUUUGACCCAGGGUUAGCGUCCCUGAAACCACCCCAGUUGCCUUAUGAGGUUCUGUGCGCUGCCCUCCUAAAGCUACCAUCUCUCCAUACUCUCACACUUCAUUACUUGGAGUUACCCCCCUUACCUGAGACCGUUCCAGCACUCUGCCACCGUCUUCGUUCGCUCAAUCUCAAAAAAAUGAUUGACGACGAGGGCAGCCGUCUAGUUGGCAUUCUGAGAUGCUUUAAUGUUGUUGAUCGUCUGAGUAUAGACUAUCAUCAUUGGACGCUCGGGGGAGUUUUAGACUUUGUCAGUGUUGAAGAUAUGGUGGGGUGGAAGACCCGAGUGCAAAAUUUUCAGCACUAUCGUCGGCCCCUAGUAUCUACUCUCAAACUCAUUCAUGACUCCGCAUAUUGGGCCCUCUCGUUGGUGGAACCUCGCGCUCUCACAAGCCUUUACCUAGACGUUUCCUGGGCAACAUUUCUACCAAACUAUGAAGAAAUCGGCGCAUUCCUAUACAAUACAAGCUCUGGCUUACUUGACUUAACGUUGGAUAUAUCUGGUCGUCGACUAGGUGAAGACAUUCUCCCAUACUUAGCUAAUUCCAAUGCUCAUAUCACACUAGGUGGUGCUUUGGAUGUGAAGAAAAUGAAUAUCGCAUGCUGCAAGAAUGUGGUUCGCCUCACGGUGGCGAUCGCACUUCCAGAUAACCCAAACGAUGAUAAUCACGUGCUCUAUUGUAGGAAGCAAUGGGACGACUUGGUUGCUCUUCUCUCUGAUCCGCCAUCCUCUGUCCGUCAUCUCACCAUUGAUUUCCGACGUUCAGUGCCGGCAUAUAUUGUAAUUAGAGACUAUAAUUGGAGUAGUCUUGACGCCGUGCUGGCAUGUCGCGAGCACCUGGAGGAAGUAUCUUUCGCAUGCAACCAGGAGUCUAUGGGGCUUGGAAAGCCUUGGCUAGAAUUUCUGACUUCUUGUCUUCCAAGAUUCAGGAGUAUGGGUAACAUACAUGUUCUUUAGAAAGGUACCUACCUCAGGCUUACUCUGUGAUCUAUGACACCACCCCCUUUUCAAUUAAUCCACUGAUGUCUUUCAUCUGGAUGUACUUCUUCAGGAAUGCGCCCAUGCAUGCUGACGUAUUUGCAACCUAUCGGUGUCACAAUCCUUGCAACGUUACCGAGAUAUGCCAUCAAAGUUCGAGCAGCUAGAGUCAUUCGGCAAGCGAUUGGUGUUCGCCUUCACUUGUGGGUUGAGGUUCGGAACCUCAACCCACACUGUCUGCAUUCAAAUACAUUUUAGUUGAGUGUUUUCUAGUUCAAGGUGCUGCCAACGGAAUAAUAUUCGAGCCUUCAGUAAUACAUGUGGAAGUGCAUUGACUUGGAGUCGCCUUCGUAUUCACCCAGUGAAUCAUAGACUAAAUCGUUAACCACCUGCAUUACAACAAGGUGUCUUUGAAGACGUGCCAUGUUGUUGCGAGCCGUCUUUGAGGCCCUCCCUACCCUUCACACUCACAAGUUCAGUUGACUCUCAAUUCCAAUUUGGUCGGACUAUCCAUCAUUGUUUUUUCUCAAACUUUUGAAGCUACUCGAGGACGGUUUCGCACUAAGUACUCGAAUCUUUGGGGAAAGUCGAUACCUGUAUAAUAUCAAUGAACUUCCCAUCUUGCGCCAAUAUUGCCGAAAUGAUGCAGCUGUCGAUCAACAGAGGUUCGAUGAUGAUCGCGAUCACUGUGUUUGGCCCAAGUAACGUCCGAGGGUGUAAAAGAUUAUUUUAUUAUAGCUGCUGUAUUGGUAAAGUUGUCGUCUGCAAGCUCUUCUGUACGAUAGCGGCGAGACCUCUUGUAGAUGAUUAUGACAUGAUUAGAACCCAUCAGCGCAACGACAGUGACAGUUCGCAACGGGACAGGUCCCAUGUGAGCGAUUUCCAUCCUCAGCGUAGAACCAUUCUAGUAUAUGGGACGCAUGCCCACCGUGGCGGCACG